AUGGAGACGACCUCGCCAGUGUCCGGUUCUCUGGCGGGUGAGGUGGUGCUGCCGUGCCACUUCUCCAUCCACCCCGUUGCCCCCGGCGACGGCUCCACUCUCGCCCCCACCAUCCCUCCCCCCAUUACCGGCCACCUCUCCCCUCCUCUGAGGAUCAAGUGGACGAAGCUGGAGGAGCAGGCGGAGGAGAAGGUGGUGCUGGUGGCGACGGGCGGCAUGGUGAAGUGGGGUCAGAGUUCAAUCGGCAGGGUGUCGUUGCCGAGUCACCCGCUGGCGGUGGGUGACGCCUCGCUCGCCGUGGAGAGGCUGAGGGCGAGCGACGCGGGGCUCUACCGCUGCGAGGUGAUGCACGGGAUCGACGACACGCAGGAUACUGUGAGGCUCAACGUCAGCGGCGUUGUGUUUCACUAUCGGUCGAACACCAGCCGCUACACUAUGAACUUCCCUGAUGCGGUGCAGACAUGUCGGGAUGUCAACGCCUCCAUCGCAACGCCCGAACAACUCACGGCUGCUUUCGAGGACGGCUUCGACCAAUGUGAUGCAGGCUGGCUCGCCGACCAGUCCGUCAGAUAUCCGAUCGCGGUGCCUCGUCCAGGUUGUUACGGCAACUUGUUGAGCCGACCUGGAGUGAGAACGUACGGCGUCCGCGACUCCACAGAGAAAUAUGAUGUGUUCUGCUUCGUGGACAAACUACACGGCGAGGUCUUCUAUCCCUCCAUCAGCGAUAAACUCACCUUGCAGGAGGCGAGAGACGAGUGUAAGAAGCACGACUCCGUCUUAGCUUCGCCCGGUCAGCUGUUUGCAGCCUGGAGAGCCGGGCUGAACCGCUGCGACUACGGCUGGCUGUCCGACGGCAGCGCCCGCUACCCCAUCACCGUCCCCCGGCCGCAGUGUGGAGGAGGUCUGCUGGGGGUCCGGACGCUGUACAAGUUCGAAAACCAAACCGGCUACCCAGAUCCCACAGAGAGACACGGACUGUUCUGCUUCAAAGGACCAGAUCUGCUGCCGUGUACGACCAACACCUGUCAGCACGGAGGCUCCUGCUACAAGAAAGGAGCCGAAAACAUCUGCGUGUGUGCACCUGGAUUCACCGGUCCUAACUGUGACACAGAUGUCGAUGAGUGCCAGUCGAACCCGUGUCUGAAUGGAGCCACCUGUCUGGAUGGAGUCAACUCCUUCACCUGUCUCUGCCUGCCGAGCUACUCCGGAGAGCUCUGUGAACAAGACACCGAGGUUUGUGGCUUCGGAUGGCAGAAGUUUCAGUCUCACUGCUACAAAUACUUCACACACCGCCGGACGUGGGACGCUGCAGAGAGGGAGUGUCGGCUGCACGGAGCUCACCUGUCCAGCAUCCUGUCCGAAGAGGAGCAGCUGUUCAUUAACCGUCUGGGAAGCGACUAUCAGUGGAUCGGACUCAACGACAAGAUGUUUGAGAGAGACUUCAGAUGGACCGACGGGAAGACGCUGCAAUACGACCACUGGAGGCCGAACCAGCCGGACAGCUUCUUCCAGUCGGGGGAGGACUGCGUGGUGAUGAUCUGGCACGAGAACGGACAGUGGAACGACGUCCCCUGCAACUAUCACCUGACCUUCACCUGCAAGAAGGGAACAGUGUCGUGUGGUCAGCCUCCCCUGGUGAAGGACGCUCGGGUCUUCGGAGCCAUGCAGCCUCGUUAUGAGAUCAGCUCUCUGGUUCGUUAUCACUGUAAACAGGGCUACAUCCAGAGACACGCCCCCACCAUCCGUUGCCGCGCCAACGGCCAAUGGGACGCGCCGAAAGUCACCUGCAUGAGUCGUAAUCCAUCAUCCUUCCAACAAACAGGAAGACGUCACUGUGUGUUAAACGUCAUAUUUAAAUAUUUAAAGCAGCACACGAGUGUUCCCGCGAGACUUUAAUCAGUCAGUCAGUGUUCCCUUCCUCCAGCUUCAUGAGCCGUGCCUUCUGUGAAAUCUUA